UCGUGGUUACGAGUAAUGUUACAAUACUACCACACUCUCAACACACUUUGAUCUUCGACUCAACCGUCGCGUCUCUGUAAUGUCUUUCAAUCGAGACAAGGCCCACCGGAGAGCGUUACGCGCCUUUGCAGAGAGCGAGGCAAAGAGUGACAGCGACAGCGAUGGCGAAGAAGGCCUUGACAUCAUUGAAUCAACACGUAAAGGUUUGGAUCUCUCACAGUAUAUUGACGUUCUCACACAGACCCAAACUCAAUCUCAAGAUGCUGAUGGCGAACAUAAUGCGCAUGACGGGAAAGAGGAUAUCACGGAUGAUGAGGUUCAGGUUCACCUAGAACGCCCACGGUCACAUAGCAAGACUGUUUUCAACUCAGGGUCCGAAGAUGCAACCAAUGACGAAGAGCAGGAUUUACAGUCCGACUGGUCUGAUGAAGAUACCAGAGCAGUAUAUCAAAACUGGAAAGAGCGCAAAACCUUGAAGCGCAAGCGCGCUGCCGUUGAAACGAACAGGAUCCGCGCGCAGAAGAAAUCCAAGGUUGCCGCAGCUUCCAGUAUUGUCGGUCGCAAACCUCCACCCAAGCAGAAGCCAGGUCGUGGCCCUUCAGGAUUCAGUACGGACUCAGUAGCUGAGGAUGCGGACGCUGCUUCGACUUACCUAGACGAUCCAAUCCCCGACUACGUCACGUCGCGUCAGAGAAUCCUGAAGAAGCUACAUGAAGCUGGACUGCGGUAUCCCCCUAGCUACCGAGACGUCGACUUCUCUGACUCUGAGACUGAAGAAAAACCUAAGCUCGACAAGGCAAUCAAACCGCAGCAAGCCUACAAAGACAUAAAGCUACGCGAGUCUGGUGGUGUUAUACCAGCACCAAUUGCGCGUUGGUUACGAGACUACCAAGUCGAAGGUGUCCAAUUUCUUCAUGAGCGCUUUGUCAAGCAGACGGGUGCCAUCUUGGGCGACGAUAUGGGGUUGGGAAAAACUAUCCAGGUUAUCGCCUUCCUGACAGCAGCAUUCGGCAAGACCGCUACGAAGCGCGAUGCGAAGUGCAUGCGCAAGAUCCGACGUUUUGGCGACAACCGCUGGUAUCCUAGGGUACUCAUAGUCUGUCCCGGGACACUGAUGCAGAAUUGGGAAGACGAGCUGUCAAAGUGGGGGUGGUGGGAAGUCUACAGGUACCACGGUUCCAACGCUGCAGAUCGAAAAGGCGUCCUUGGAGCAGCUGCGAAGGGAAUGCUGGAGAUUAUGAUUACUACCUAUACGACGUACCGGAAUAACGAGAGCGAAAUCAACACUAUUGACUGGGACUGCGUUAUUGCUGAUGAAUGUCAUCAGAUCAAAAGCAAGAACGCGGAAAUCACCAAGGCGAUGAACAAGAUCAAUGCGCUCUGUCGUAUUGGGCUUACGGGCACGGCCAUACAGAAUAAGUACGAAGAGCUCUGGAAUCUGCUAAACUGGGCGCGACCUGGCGCAUACGGCUCAGCUCAGGAGUGGAAGCAGACGAUUAGUCUUCCGCUCAAGUUAGGUCAAGCCCACGAUGCUACGAACGCGCAGCUCGCCGACUCACGAAGCAGGGCGCAAGAGCUUGUCCAUAAAGUCUUGCCGAGUGUGUUUCUUCGCCGAAUGAAGACACUCAUCGCUGAUCAACUACCCAAAAAGAGCGACCGCGUAGUCUUUUGUCAACUCACUGAAACUCAAGCCGACGCAUAUCGAACAUUCUUGGAGAGCGACAGGUGCGAGUUUAUCCGAACGGCGAAAGAGCCUUGCGACUGUGGUUCUGGCAAGUCCAGAGGCUGGUGCUGCUAUGUGGAAAUUCCUGGUGAGGGUGAGAAGUGGGCGAAGUUCAUGUUCCCUUGCAUGGUCACCCUUCAGAAACUUGCAAACCAUCUCGCACUCAUUGUGCCGGUAUCAACGGACAACAAUGAGAAGCAAGCAAAGGAUAUGCAAACCCUCGAGAUUGCGUGUCCCGAUUCGUUCCAGGAUUUAUUCAGGAUCCGCGACAACAUCUUGAACCAGUCGCAGCGUGAGUUUUGUGGGAAGUGGAAAGUAUUGAGACGGCUGCUAGACUUCUGGCACUCAAAUGGCGACAAAGUUCUUAUCUUCUCUCAUUCGGUCCGCCUUUUGCGUCUCCUCAGGGGCCUUUUCGACGUCGAUGGCACAAAGUACAACUUCUCCUAUCUGGACGGCAGCAUGAAGUACGAAGACCGCUCCAAGGCUGUUGCGGACUUCAACGCGGACUCGAAUCAAUUCGUUUUCCUCAUCAGCACGAAAGCUGGUGGUGUUGGUCUGAACAUCACAUCUGCGAACAAGGUCGUAGUUGUUGAUCCCAAUUGGAACCCCGCCUAUGAUCUUCAAGCCCAAGAUCGUGCAUAUCGUAUCGGCCAGACGCGGGAUGUUGAAGUGUUCCGACUAGUAUCAAGUGGAACAAUUGAAGAGAUCGUGUAUGCGCGACAGAUCUACAAGCAGCAACAGGCCAAUAUUGGCUACAAUGCUUCUGAAGAGCGUCGCUACUUCAAGGGGGUCAUGGAUCAGUCCAGCAAGAAAGGUGAACUGUUCGGCCUCGAGAACCUGUUCACGUUUCAAGAGAAAAACAUGCUGCUUCGGGACAUCAUGCACAAGACCAACGUUGCCGAGACGAAAGCCGGGGUCAAUGCCCACGACUUUCAUUUCGACGAGUCGCAGAUGGAUUCUGAAGACGAUGAACUUCUCUCCAACAAGAGCCUCGGCAUUGCAGAUGACGACGCCAAUCUCGCGGAGAUCAAGAAGCUCGCCGAGUCCUUCACAUCUGUUUCCAGUACGGAUACGAAGAGCACUAGAGGUAGGAAGAAGUACACAAAGCGCGCUGGUGCCGACCCUAUCAAUGCAAUCCUUGCGAAAGCAGGUGUGCAAUACACGCAUGAAAACUCCGAAGUCAUCGGCCGCAGCGAGAUAGAAGCUCGCCUUGGCAAGCAGGCCAUGGAGUUGCGUAACGACAUUGAUCUUGCCACGAAGCAAGUGUUCCGGGGGUCGCAGUCGCAAUCACAGCAUCACUCGCAUGCGCAAGACGAUGAUCCUGAAUUCAGCCCUGAAGACGAUGAUGACGACUUGAAGCUUAUAGGUAGUGCUACGAAGGGGGAGUUCAAGAUCAACUACCGGUACAGGCCUGAUGAGCGUAUUCGACGCAGGCAGUUCUGCAGCAUGGCCGAGAGUAUGGGGUUCGCAGAUCCUGUCGAGUUUGCGUUGCUCGUUGAAAGUAGCACGCAGGAGGAGCGGAGGAAAAUGCUGGAAAGGUUCUACAGAGGCCGGCGGAGAGAAAUGAUGAGUGAGUUUGGGGGUGGGAGAUGACAAGGAUGUUGACCAACGAGUCUGUGGGGCUAUUCUGGAGACAGCAAGGGAUGGCAGCUGGCGUUGGGAGUAUUCUAUGUAUUGUGAUACCCUAGAAAUGUUAUUGUGUUACCUGCU